UCGUUCCCUAAUUUCGAAAUUUGAAAAAUAAAAAUUAUAUCCCCUCCCUUUUUUUUGCUCGCAGUUUGCGGUAAAAAAAGAUACUGGCACAGUAAUUUCGACACUCCUUACAUAAACAAUACCCUAAUAAUAAUAAUAAUUAAAAAUAAAAAAAACUUUUUCAAAUAAAUCCGACAUUUUUUUUUUCUAUUUGAAAGAAGGCGUAUUUUUUUUUUCGAGUUAUCGAAUUUAUCAGUGCCCUCAUUGCAAAAAAAUAAUAACAAUUCGUAAGAACAAUAGCUCUAUUGAAUAUAAAAGAUAAUUUUUUUUUUUUAAUUUUAAAUAAUUCACUCAUAUAUUUAUUGAGGUCAGUGAACAAAAGUUCUCAUAUUUAUACUCAGUAAUAAAUUUUUUUCAAAAAAAUUGAAAAAUUUUUCUUUGCUACAAAAAUUUAAAUAAAAUUUUUUUUUUUACUUUUUCUGAAAAAAAAGAAAAAAAAAAUGAGACUAGUAAUUUGUGAUACUGUUGAUAAUGUUUCUGAAUGGUCAGCAAAAUAUGUGAUGAAGAGGAUCCAUGAUUUUGAGCCUAAUGAAAAUAAAUAUUUUGUUUUGGGUCUACCUACAGGAGGGACGCCAUUGGGAAUGUAUAAAAAAUUAAUAGAAUAUUAUAUGCAAGGAAAAUUGUCAUUUAAAUAUGUCAAGACAUUUAAUAUGGACGAGUAUGUCAAUCUGCCGAGCAAUCAUUCGGAGUCAUAUCAUUAUUAUAUGUACCACAAUUUUUUUAAACACAUUGACAUCGAGCCGACAAAUGUCCAUAUACUGGAUGGAAAUGCCGAGGAUCUAGAGUACGAGUGUCAGGAAUUUGAGCGGAAAAUAACCGAAGCUGGUGGUGUUGACCUUUUUAUUGGAGGUAUCGGACCAGAUGGUCAUAUCGCCUUCAAUGAGCCAGGAUCGUCUUUAGCCUCUCGCACGCGGGUGAAAUCUCUCGCGCAAGACACUCUGGAGGCAAACAAGCGUUUCUUUGACAACGACAUCGAGAAAGUUCCCAAGCAGGCACUCACUGUUGGUGUCGGGACUGUAAUGGACGCUAAGGAGGUGAUGAUUCUUAUCACUGGCUCUCACAAAGCAUUUGCGCUCUACAAAGCCAUUGAAGAAGGCAUCAAUCAUAUGUGGACUGUCUCAGCCUUCCAGCAACAUCCACACGCUCUUUUUAUCUGCGACGAGGACGCGACCCUUGAACUCAGGGUCAAAACUGUCAAAUAUUUCAAAGCAUUGAGUGACGUCCACAGAAAAUUAAUUGAAGACUAAAAAUUUUUAUUUUUUUCUUACCUUUGAAAAAUUUUUUUAUGCCAGUGAAAAAUUUUUUAAUUUAAAAAAUUUUUUAUUUUAUUAAUUUUGACGGUAUAACAAAUAUAUUUUUCAUACUACAGUACAA